AUGGUAUCUGAAAAUGAUUACUGUAAAGGAAAGAAUGAUUACGGUGAUGGUGGAAUUAUAUAUGGUUUAUAUUUAGCGCCAAAAGUCAAAUAUAAUAUCAUUCUAACUCCCGAUGGUAUUCUAAAAGAAAACGUAGAAGAUUAUAUUCAAUUACCUAGCGGACAUGAUGUGACGAAUGAAUUUAAGAAAAGAUGGGAAAAGAGUUUCACCUAUGGAAUAGUUAUUCCAAAGGAUGAUGAUAAACAAAAGAAAGUUUUUAGAAGUUAUCUAAAUCUCGUUAAGAGAAAAGCACCGGAUGAUAAAGGAAUUAUGUAUCCUUACAACGACGGAAAAGAAUUGAACAUGGAUGACAACUAUGAAUUUGAUGAUUUCGAUUACCUAACUAUUCAAGAAGAGAAUGAAGAGUUCGUUCUUUUGUUUUAA